AUGACAGAGCCUGUUGACAUUCCUUUGAAAGCGGCCGACUCUGCGCAAAUCUCGCGCACCUCGAGCGGCGACGUCGUUUCCGAGGAGGAGACCAAGUUCGGAUCUGUUCACGACCUGUCGACGGUUCAUUACUCGUACACAGAGGACAAGAUUCUCAGGGACCAAGACGCCAAGGUCAAGGCGUUUAAUUCGAUCGCCACCUCGCCCAAAGGGUCGCGGUCGUCGUCCGUGCACUCUUCGCGGCCGUCGGUUGUGGACUUCAUGUCUCCCAUCCCUGGACUCAAGGCUGCGCCGGCCUCUCCCACGUCGAACAAGUUCUCGUAUAACUCCAUAACGCACGAGAUGACUCCGAUGACGUCCACGGACCACCAAUUGCUGGCUGCCAAGGCGCGCAUGGGCAAUCUGAUUCUGAACGACCAUAACUCCAUCUCCGAGACUCCCUCCAAGGAGUUAUUGGACAUUUACAAGAACAUCGAAACGUGUAUUCAGAUCCGUGAAAAGUAUCAAAAGUUAUCGUUGCAAAGACCCCAGGAUAACCCGAAAAAUAGACAGGACUGGUCCAUCUACCCCGACCCUCCAGCGCCGUUCUGGAAGAAAGGCGACCGGUACAGCAUCGAGCGCAACCCAGACAAGGGCGACCAGCUUGCGUCGCAUUUCGACAUCGACAAGGUGGAUAUACCGGGACUCGACCAGGAACUGGACUACAUUCUGGACGAUGAGGACGUUUUCCAGGUGGUGGAGAAAGGAACAGAAAAAAAGAUCGUUGAGAUCCCCACCAUCAAGGACUUCUACGUCGAUCUCGAGCGCAUCACGUCGAUUGCGUCGGACGGACCAACCAAAUCGUUUGCGUUCAAAAGACUCGAAUAUUUGGAAGCCAAGUGGAAUUUAUACUACUUGCUGAAUGAGCACGACGAAACGUCCGAGAGCAAACGGAAUCCGCACAGAGACUUCUAUAACGUCAGAAAGGUCGACACUCACGUCCACCAUUCGGCCUGUAUGAACCAGAAACAUCUGCUGCGGUUUAUCAAGCACAAGAUGCGCAAAUGUCCGGACGAAAAGGUGAUAAUCAGAGACGGACAUGUGUUGACGUUGAAGGAGGUGUUCGAGUCGUUGAACCUGACCGCAUACGAUCUCAGUAUCGACACUUUGGACAUGCACGCGCAUCGCGACACGUUCCAUCGAUUCGACAAGUUCAACUUGAAAUAUAAUCCGAUCGGCGAGUCCAGACUCAGAGAGAUCUUCCUCAAGACAGAUAACUAUAUUCAGGGAAGAUAUCUGGCUGAGCUGACGCGGGAGGUGUUUGAGGACCUGGAAGCUUCCAAAUACCAGAUGGCAGAGUAUAGAAUCUCCAUAUACGGCCGUUCGUUUGACGAAUGGGACAAACUGGCUGCCUGGGUCGUUGAUAACAAGCUGUUUUCGCAUAAUGUCAGAUGGUUGAUCCAGAUCCCACGGCUGUACGACGUGUACAAGAAGGGAAACAUCAUCGACAACUUCCAGAACGUGGUGAAACACAUUUUCCAGCCGUUAUUCGAGGUGACCAAAGACCCGUCCUCGCACCCCAAGCUAUUCGUAUUCUUGCAAAGAGUGAUUGGAUUCGACUCUGUUGACGACGAAAGCAAAGCAGACAGAAGAUUCCACCGCAAGUUCCCAUUCCCUCGCAACUGGGACUCCCAGUACAACCCGCCGUACUCCUAUUACAUCUAUUCGCUGUACGCGAACCUGGGGUCAUUGAACCAGUGGAGAGCACGGCGUGGAUUCAACACGUUUGUUCUGAGACCGCAUUCGGGCGAGGCUGGUGAUCCAGAACAUUUGAUUUCUGCGUUUUUGGCAGCAGAAGGAAUCUCGCAUGGAAUCUUGCUCAGAAAAUUGCCAUACAUCCAGUAUCUGUACUAUUUGUGCCAGAUCGGUGUGGCCAUGUCGCCGUUGUCCAAUAAUGCGCUGUUCUUGACGUACGACAAGAACCCGUUCCCGAGCUACUUCCAACGAGGCUUGAACGUCUCGCUUUCCACAGAUGAUCCAUUGCAGUUCUCGUACACCAGAGAACCGCUUAUCGAGGAGUACUCGGUUGCCGCACAGAUCUAUAAACUGUCCAACGUGGACAUGUCCGAGUUGGCACGCAAUUCUGUUUCCAUGAGUGGAUUUGAGCACAAGUUGAAACAACACUGGCUCGGAGCAAAUUACGUCCUACCAGGCAGCGACGGCAACGACAUCGAAAAAACAAACGUGCCCGAUAUCCGGAUGGCCUAUCGUCACGAGACUUUGCAAAUUGAAAGAGAUUUGGCAAAGGCGUAUGCAAAUAUGUCCAGAUAG